AUGUUUAAGAACUCAAGACUACCCCUUCAUUUAUAAGUUUUAAUAUUUAAAUAAAUAAUUUUUUACAUUUUAUUUAAUAUGUGCUUUAUAUUUAAUUUAAAUAAUUUUUUCGAAGGAAAGGUUUGCUUUUUUUAAAUUUAUUGUCAUUAAUUAUUAAGGGGCAUCUUACUCCCCCAGCCUCCAUAAAGCGAACAGAAUUUUUGCUUGCUCAAAGAGGGGCUUUUAUCAAAAAAAUUAUUUUUCAAAAUUUAAGGCCUCAAUUCGCAAAAAAAAUUGGAAAAUUAUUUAAUUUAUAUAUUAUGCUUUAGAAUGCAUAUUUUAAUUUUAACAGAGUUCAUUAUAUAAUUAUAACUUAUAUAUCAAAAUAUUUUUUUAAAAAAAUAAUAUUUACAAAAAAUUUUUUCCUAAAUAGGAUUUUCCCUAUAGGUUUGCUCUCUCACGAGUGGGGAGUUAGAUAAAAAAUGGAAAUUAAAUCAGCCAUUAAUUAAAUAUAUAUUACAUCAACAGAUGGUAAAGCAAAGACCUAUUAAAAAAGCGAAAACAAAGAAUGGGGUAAAAGAACCUCAGCUUCCUAUUAACAUCUCUGUAUCUUCAGAUCUAAUCAAUCCUUACAUCGAGCGAAACCGAGAAGAAAUUUUAGAUGCUUGUAGGUUUAAAAACUUCCGAGUCAGUCUACCCGAAGAAGAUGGCUUUUUCCUGCCUCCUAACUAUAUCUAUACCCACCAUAUGGAUUUUCUCUAUAAAACUGACUCUCCAGAAGACCCUCUUUCGCCUAGCGAAAUUUCUGAAUACUGCAAAUACGCUGACGACCUUAUGACCAGUUUUCUCGAUAAUGCUCCUGAUUAUCAUCUUACCUUAAACGUUCUAAACUACCCCCUUUCUCGAACUGUUACUAUCGGUGACAUGAUUAACGCUAUAAAAAUAAGCCCUUAUAACAUAGAAUUCAAAAGUUUCCUUGCUGACUACGAAUAUUCUACUAUCAAUAAGCUUACAAAGCGGCCUAAAGACGAAGAACUAAUUAUGGAGACAAUUAAUUAUUUAAAACGAGGACUAUCAAUUAAAGAAACUUAUCAAAAAAUGAGGGAUAGAGUUUCAUUAGAAAGGGUCAGAGAAAUCCAUAGAAAUUACAAGCUUGAUGGAAAAAAAUACAUAAACAGGGUCUUAAAGAAAAAAAUUUCUAAGCUUCGGCCAGAACAUAUAAGCUUCUUAAAAGAAAUUUCUGAAGACCCGAGGAAUACUGUGCUUACUGGGAGGGAAAGGAAAUUGCUACUUUGCCAUCAUUUUGGGAUUAAAAUUAGGACUGAUGAAGUAAGAAGGGCACUCAAAGAUAUGGGAUAUAGUAUGAAAAGGGUCAGAGGACACGUGCCUGAAGCUGAUAGGAUUUCUCAUAAAAACGCCAGGUGUAGGGUGGUGCAACAGCUGAUUUUACUGCAAAGGGAGGGGAAACAGCUUAUUAGUAUUGAUGAAUGUCAAGUAAACAGAGGAGAAACUGCUUACUACGGCUGAUCUAAAGAAGGCCAAAAAGCUAUGAAUAUCUGUGGAAGAAAAGGCCCCCCUCUCCAAAUUGUUGUAGCAUGCAGUUCACACAAGCUGCUAGGAUAUAUGGUCAAACCUAACAAAGUAAACGAAUUCGGCUACAAGCAUUUUUUGCAAGCCAUUAUUGGCAAACUAAAAGAAAUGGACGAAAAUUACAAAGAAAAAUAUUUUUUGUUUAUGGAUAAUGCUUCAGCUCACAAGACAAAGAUGAUUAAAGAUUUCUGUGAGCUAGAAGGGAUCACUGUGCUGUGCAAUGCACCUAUGACACCUCAGUUAAAUCCAAUUGAAUAUAUCUUUUCUAUGUUUAAGAAUAACUUGCGAAGGCUGCCUAUGAGUGAGCAUAAUGAUUUAAUAGAAUUUAUUUAUCACGCUUUCAGAAAAAUCCGGUCAAGGCACAUUUAUAAUACCUACAUUCAUGCAAUCAGAUCCUAUAAGCCAGCCCUGAUGUUUGAGUCCAUGCACGAUCCAAGAGGUCACAGUAGAGUAGAGGCUCACAUUAAAUUCGCGGGAAGGCACGUCAAAACGCUGAUUAAUUUUGCGAAACUUCAGACAUAA